ACUAUCGGCUGUCGACAACGGGUUGUUAUAGCUUGUGGUGGAGCAUUUAGGAUUAUAUUGUUUGGGUUUGUUCAUUAAAAUUAAGCCGUGAUCAUGAGAGCCUUUCUGUUUGUAGUAGUAGUCGUCUACUUAGGCACUAUUUCUGAGGGCAGUGGUUUGUUAAAUGUGGUUCGAUUCGAAAAGAAGCUUGAGAAGGAGGCCAACAAAGUUGCUCACCUGUUCAACAUUUUUUCGCCUCGGAAAGACGAAGGUUUGAAACCCGUGGAGAUACUGAAGCAUUGGUCCACCAGUCAUGUGAACAACCUGGGGAACUUUGCAUGGAAAAACUGUGGAAAGGCUAGCGAUCCGAUCAAGUUGAUGAACUUUUCAGUGUCACCUGACCCUGUAGUCUUGCCGGGAACCCUCAGCAUUGGCUUUGCCGUUGUCUCCAACAAGACCGUAGUCUCCCCUUUAUCAGCUGAUGUUGUCAUCCAGAAGAAGGUGGGCUCUUCUUACAUCACCGUGCCCUGUGUUGGCACCUUUGGCUCAUGUCAUUAUCAGGAUUUUUGCCAGUUGUUAGCGCCAAUUCCCCAGUGCCCUCCUGAGUUCAUGCAGAAAGGAAUCCCUUGUAAAUGUCCAUUCAAACAGGGGAACUAUACACUUCCCAACAUAACCUUUGACCUGGAUGCAGUGCCCUUGCCCUCUGGAGAGUACCAUGGUAAAAUCGACCUGAGUUAUGAUGGGACUCACAUGGGCUGCUUUGAAAUCUAUGCCAGUAUUGAGGCAGGGUUUGUGUGAAAAGCAGUCUUGUCUGGCAGUGUUGGUGAGGGCUGUGGACACCAUAUCCUCUUGCUCAAUUCCAUCGUCAGUGAAGAGAUUUUCUGAACUCUUUUGGUGUUUCGUAUAUAUAUAUAUAUAUAUAUAGAUAUAUAAAUGAGGAAACAUUCUGCUCUUUCUGUAUAUGUAUAUGUAUGCAUAUAGAAAUGCUUUCAACUCACAUUAACUCCAUGUAUUUAAUAAGGCCAUGCCAGUUUAAAUUGUUCUAGGGGCAGGAUAAAUAUUUUUUUUAAAUGUUGGAGAAUAAAACAGUUUUUUUCCAAUGGAAGACAUUUAGAUGAUCGUAAAACCUUAAAAAACAGAAAAAUCAGAAAAACAUCAAGAGUGAACAAAAUGAAAAGGUGGAUUUUCAGUUUUCCAUCACCAUAAAACACAACAUAAAAUUGGUGUCGUAUAUGGGUGACCUUUUCAAAACCAUCUCCAUUUGACAAUACUUUUGCUGCCAGUCUUUAUAGCAUUCAUUCUCACAUGUCAGCCAGAAACUCCACAGUGUGUCAGUAUAUCUCCUCUAAAGUUGUAUUCCCAGUAGACAUUUUAUAAAUUGGCUGUAAUGCUUAUUGUUAACUGGAAAGUUAUUUUGAUGUAGCAUUGCCUAUUCUAGCUCCUAUUUAUUAAUACUGUAGGACAGUGGUGUUUUUUGUUUUUUUUGUAUUCCUUUGUUUUCGACCGGCAUUUUUUCUACACUUGACUGGAAAGAUAAAUAUGAUUCAUGUUUUUGUAUUUUUUGUAUUGAAAAUUGAGUGUAAUUGGUGAAAAAAAUACGAUAUUUGAAAUGUAUUUGUACAUACAUGUAGAAUUUAAUUAAACAUACAUUCCUACGGAC